AUGACGUCAUACCUCCUAUUUAAGAUGCAAGUCAGGAGAAUGUUUUCGAAAAUGAAAGUUGGUCAUUGGACUGGAGUGAUCGUGUUUGUCAACUGUUCUCACAAUGACUGGAAACGGACCUCUGCUUCUGCUGUUUCUGCUAAUACUUUUGCCAGGUUCUCAUCCUAUGAAGAUAAGACAGAUAUAUGUCAAAGCAGGUGAAGUGGUGACGCUGCAUUGCCCACACAGUCAUAAGGAAACCAAACCGACAUGGACCUGCUACACGCCACAGGAGACGGACCUGUCCAACCUGUCAUCAGCGGAGCAGAAUCAGAUGGGAUUUCUGAUUCAUGAGAGGAGCCUUGUUAUUCUCAGUGCUACUGUAAAAGACCAGGGGAAUUAUUCAUGCUCUCUGUGGAAUACCACCGUCCAGUCCUGGUUCAGGCUGAUAGUCUACACAACACUGUCCAGUGAUCUUGAGAGGAAGACUCAGUAUCCUAUUACAUGCUACUCACAGGAGGCGUGCACACUGACAUGUCCUGACAGAAACAUACCUGACAAAAACAUUCUGAACAUUACCACCACUGGUAUUGUAUGGAAAAAAGGAAGUGAUGUGACCACAGAUUCUUUGGUGGGUGAGUCAGUGUCAAAAGAGGUUUACUACUUCUCGAGUGUGGAUGAGGAAGACUAUGGUGUUUACACUUGUACCAGGUCGUACGUGUACCAAGGUCAAACAUACAACAAGACAUUCACAGUGAUACUGAAUGUCAAACCAGGAGGUAAAAAUGAAAAAUGGAAACAGCCAGAAAUCCUUUCACCAAAAGAAAAAGAUGUGUUUUAUGUAGAUUUGGGCUCAACACUGAUGAUCAACUGCACUGCUGUUCUGUCUUCAGAGUUUGAUGAGGUGUUGUGGUUGAGUGAAAACUCAUUUGUGGACAGAAAUCUCAGCUCAUCAGUGUUCUACACUUGGACACAGGAUAUUAAUGAUGAGGAAACAAAGAUGACAGCAUCUCUAAUUUUCAAAAACGUGUCAGAGAAGGAUCUGUCCAAACAUUACACGUGUAAACUGAUCUCUGUGUCAGAGCCUCCAAGCUUUGUCACAAUCACCUUGGCCCAAAAAGAUCAUACAUCGACCUUCAUUGUGGCUCUUAGCAUCGUAGCCAUGAUCUUAGUGGUUGCAUUAAUGGCACUUUUGUAUGUGAAGUGGAAAACUGACAUAGCUAUUUUCCUGCGAAACACUCUUGGUUGCUACAGCAGCAUCUCAGAUGGAAAGAGUUAUGAUGCCUAUUUGAUGUGUUAUAAAAGUGACUCAGAUGGAGCACUAAAUGAAGACGACAGAAAGUGGCUGGAAAAUAUUUUGGAGGAGUUUGGAUACACACUCUGUUUUCAUGACCGUGACGUCUUACCAGAGGAACCUGUAGAAGAGGCAGUGUCAGAGUGCAUAGACCAAAGCCGCACAGUAGUCCUGAUCCCCACAACUUCAGAUCCUGGUCCAGGGUCUGGUCUGCUGACCGACUACGGAGCAUUGGUGGAGCAGCACAGUCAUGUCGUAUUCAUCAGAACCGAAACAAACGGACCCAAAAGGAGUCAGUCAUUAAAGGGUUUGGAUAAGACUGGAAGAUGUGUGACCUGGAAGGGCAUGAGCUCCAGGCUGUCGUCAUCCUCUUUCUGUAAGGAGCUGCGCUAUUACCUCCCUCCACCGCAACACAAAAACAAAGAAACAACGGUUAGGAUGAUAAGACCUUAAAAUGUUUAACAAAAUACACAGUUACUCUACUGCACAGGUGUCAAACAUGCGGCCCAGGGGCCAAAUCCGGCCCACCAAAGGGUCUAGUCCAGCCCUUGGGAUGACUUUGUGAAAUGCAAAAAUUACAUUAAG